CGCAAUGGACCCAGGAAAAAAGUUCCGGCGGUACUAUUUACAAUCUUGCUCUGCUGUGAUGUUUAAGGUAACUCGUUCGACCAAAUUAAGGAUUUUUGUGGGUGAACCCUCCCUUGCGUCUUCAACUUUUUGCGGGAGUGCACCACUCUCUUACGUUUGGCGAUACCUAGAAGCCUGCAGGAUCGAUCCGCGGAGUGACACUGUGUAAAGGCAGACGGGAAAAUUCAGAGGUCAAGAUGGUGGCUGUAAAAGUGAAGUCCGUGACGAUUGAUUAGCAUCCAGGUCGACCAUGGAGCCAGGGCCUGAAGACUUUCUACCACCGCCAGAGUGCCCCGUGUUCGAGCCCAGCUGGGCCGAGUUCCGAGACCCGCUUGGCUACAUCGCGAAAAUCAGGCCCAUCGCAGAGAAAUCUGGCAUUUGCAAGAUCCGCCCACCCGCGGAUUGGCAGCCUCCCUUUGCAGUAGAAGUUGAUAACUUCAGAUUCACUCCUCGCAUCCAGAGGCUAAAUGAACUUGAGGCUCAGACCAGAGUGAAACUAAACUAUUUGGACCAGAUUGCAAAGUUUUGGGAAAUCCAAGGCUCUUCUUUAAAGAUUCCCAAUGUGGAGCGGAGGAUCUUAGACCUCUACAGCCUCAAUAAGAUUGUGAAGGAGGAAGGUGGCUAUGAAGCCAUCUGCAAGGAUCGUCGGUGGGCUCGAGUUGCCCAGCGCCUCAACUUCCCACCAGGCAAAAACAUUGGCUCACUGCUACGAUCUCAUUAUGAACGCAUCAUUUACCCUUAUGAAAUGUUUCAGUCUGGAGCCAAUCUUGUGCAGUGCAGUACACACCCGUUUGACAGUGAGGAAAGAGACAAGGAAUACACACCCCAUGGUAUACCCCUCCGACAGUCUGUGCAGCCUUCAAAGAUCAGCAACUGUAGUCGGCGGGCAAAAAGACUGCAGCCUGAUCCAGAGCCCACAGAGGAGGACAUUGAGAAGAAUCCAGAGCUGAAGAAGUUGCAGAUCUAUGGGGCAGGCCCCAAGAUGAUGGGCCUCGGCCUCAUGGCCAAAGAUAAGACUCUUCGAAAGAAAGAUAAAGAAGAACCUGAAUGUCCCCCCACUGUUGUAGUGAAGGAGGAGCCAGGUGAGGAUGGAAAAGUGACGUCAGCAUUGCCCAAGGAGAAAUUGAGUCAUAGCCCAGAGCCCUGCACGAGGAUGACCAUGCGGCUACGGAAGAAUCACAGCAGUGCUCAGUUUGUUGAUGCAUAUGUUUGCCGAAUGUGUUCUCGAGGGGAUGAAGAUGAUAAGCUGCUUCUCUGUGACGGCUGUGAUGACAAUUACCACAUCUUCUGCUUAUUACCACCUCUUCCUGAAAUCCCCAGAGGGGUAUGGAGGUGCCCAAAGUGUGUAAUGGCGGAGUGUAAACGGCCCCCUGAAGCUUUUGGCUUUGAGCAGGCUACCCAGGAGUACACUUUGCAGAGUUUUGGUGAAAUGGCGGACUCCUUCAAGGCUGACUACUUCAACAUGCCCGUACAUAUGGUGCCUACAGAGCUAGUGGAAAAAGAAUUCUGGAGGCUGGUGAACAGCAUUGAAGAGGAUGUUACAGUUGAGUAUGGGGCAGACAUUCAUUCCAAAGAAUUCGGCAGUGGCUUUCCAGUCAGCAAUAGGAAACGGAACCUGUCCCCUGAGGAACAGGACUAUGCAACCAGUGGUUGGAACCUGAAUGUGAUGCCUGUGCUGGAGCAGUCUGUCCUCUGUCACAUCAAUGCAGAUAUCUCAGGCAUGAAGGUGCCCUGGCUUUAUGUGGGCAUGGUGUUCUCAGCAUUUUGUUGGCAUAUUGAGGAUCACUGGAGUUACUCCAUUAACUACCUUCACUGGGGUGAGCCGAAGACCUGGUAUGGGGUCCCUUCACUGGCAGCAGAACAUUUGGAGGAGGUGAUGAAGAGGCUGACCCCUGAACUGUUUGAUAGCCAGCCUGACCUCCUGCACCAGCUUGUCACGCUCAUGAAUCCCAACACUCUUAUGUCCCAUGGUGUGCCAGUUGUCCGUACAAACCAGUGUGCAGGAGAAUUUGUUAUCACUUUUCCCCGUGCUUACCACAGUGGCUUCAACCAAGGCUACAACUUUGCUGAGGCUGUCAACUUUUGCACUGCUGACUGGCUGCCUGCUGGACGCCAGUGUAUUGAACACUACCGCCGGCUUCGGCGAUACUGUGUCUUCUCCCAUGAGGAACUCAUCUGCAAGAUGGCUGCCUUCCCAGAAAAGCUGGAUCUGAAUCUUGCAGUGGCUGUACAUAAAGAGAUGUUCAUUAUGGUUCAGGAGGAACGACGUCUACGAAAGGCCCUACUGGAGAAGGGCAUCACGGAGGCUGAGCGAGAAGCUUUUGAAUUGCUCCCAGAUGAUGAACGCCAGUGCAUCAAGUGCAAGACUACCUGCUUCCUAUCAGCCCUGGCCUGCUAUGACUGCCCAGAUGGCCUUGUCUGCCUUUCCCACAUCAAUGAUCUCUGCAAGUGCCCCAGUAGCCGGCAGUAUUUGCGGUAUCGCUACACCCUGGAUGAGCUUCCUGCCAUGCUGCAUAAGCUAAAGGUUCGGGCUGAGUCCUUUGACACCUGGGCCAACAAAGUGCGAGCAGCCCUGGAGAUGGAGGAUGGGCAGAAGCGCAGCUUUGAAGAGCUGAGGGCACUGGAAUCUGAGGCCCAUGAGAGGAGGUUUCCUAAUAGUGAGCUGCUGCAGCAACUAAAGAACUGCCUGAACAAAGCAGAGGCUUGUGUUUCCCAAGUCCUAGGACUAGUCACUGGCCAGGAGGCUCGCUCCCAUAAGAUGGGAACUCCGCAGGUGACCCUGGCCGAGCUCCAGAUCCUUCUUGAUCAAAUGGGCAGCCUGCCCUGUGCCAUGCAUCAGAUUGGUGAUGUCAAGGAUGUUCUGGAACAAGUGGAGGCCUUUCAAGCUGAGGCCCGUGAGGCUCUGACCUCACUGCACUCCAGUCCAAAGCUACUGCAAUCCCUGUUGCAGAGAGGGCAGCAGCUGGGGGUGGACAUGCCAGAAGUCCAUCAGCUCCAACAGCAGGUGGAGCAGGCAUGCUGGCUAGAUGAGGUGAAGCAGGCAUUGGCUCCCUCAGCCCAAAGGGGCUCCCUGGUCAUCAUGCAGGGGCUGCUGGUUACUGGCGCUAAGGUAGCCUCCAGCCCUUCUGUGGACAAAGCCCGGGCUGAGCUGCAGGAACUGCUGACCAUUGCAGAACGAUGGGAAGAGAAGGCCCAUUUCUGCUUGGAGGCCAGAAAGAAGCACUCACCAGCCACACUGGAAGCCAUAGUCCGUGAGACAGAAAAUAUCCCUGUCCACCUGCCUAACAUCCAGGCACUCAAAGAAGCUCUGGCUAAGGCACAGGCUUGGAUUGCUGAUGUGGUUGAGAUCCAAAAUGGUGACCACUACCCUUGCUUGGAUGAUUUGGAGGGCCUGGUGGCUGUGGGCCGGGAUCUACCUGUGGGGCUGGAGGAGCUGAGACAGCUAGAGCUGCAGGUACUGACAGCGCACUCAUGGAGGGAGAAGGCCUCCAAGACCUUCCUCAAGAAGAAUUCUUGCUACACACUACUGGAGGUGCUCUGUCCAUGUGCAGAUGCUGGCUCAGACAGCACCAAACGUAGCCGGUGGGUUGAGAAGGAGUUGGGGUUGUACAAAUCUGACACAGAGCUGCUGGGGCUGUCUGCGCAGGACCUCAGGGACCCAGGCUCUGUGAUUGUGGCCUUCAAGGAGGGGGAACAGAAGGAGAAGGAGGGUAUCCUGCAACUGCGUCGCACCAACUCAGCCAAGCCCAAUCCACUGUCAUUGUCGGCCACAGCUUCCUCUGCAACCUCCAUCUGUGUGUGUGGGCAGGUGCCGGCUGGGGUGGGAGCUCUGCAGUGUGACCUAUGUCAGGACUGGUUCCAUGGGCGAUGUGUGUCGGUGCCACGACUCCUCAGCUCCCCGAGGUCCAGUCCCAUCUCAUCCCCACUGCUGGCCUGGUGGGAGUGGGACACCAAAUUCCUGUGUCCACUGUGCAUGCGCUCACGGCGCCCACGCCUGGAGACCAUCCUGGCAUUGCUAGUAGCCCUGCAGAGACUGCCUGUGCGGCUGCCUGAGGGCGAAGCUCUACAGUGCCUCACAGAGAGGGCCAUCAGCUGGCAAGGCCGUGCCAGACAGGCUCUGGCCUCUGAGGAUGUGACUGCUUUGUUGAGACGGCUGACAGAGCUUCAUCAGCAGCUGCAGGCUGAACCCAGGCCAGAGGAGUGCCCUACCUAUCUUUCGGUCCCUAUCUCUGACCCUCUCAGAGAGGGCAAUGGAAAGGAUAUGCCUAAGCUCCAGGGGUUGCUGGAGAACAGAGACAGUCCUGAGAAGGUAACGCCAGGGGAGAGCUCAGGUAAGAGAGACUUGGAGUUGCUGUCCUCACUGUUGCCACAGUUGACUGGCCCUGUAUUGGAGCUGCCUGAGGCAACCCGGGCCCCCCUGGAAGAGCUCAUGAUGGAAGGGGACCUGCUUGAGGUGACCCUGGAUGAGAACUACAGUAUCUGGCAGCUGCUGCAGGCUGCACAGCCUCCAGACCUGGAGCGAAUCCGCACACUGUUGGAGCUGGAGAAGCCUGGGCAUCAAGGGAAUUGGACAAGGGACCAGGCAUUAGAGAGGCGGCGGCAGCGACGGCGGAAGGUGAACCAGGGUAGGAAGGGUGAAGAUCUAACCCAAGAAGACGUGGAGUCAAAAAGAUCCCGGGGCUCAGAGGUUAAACCUAAAGAAGGUCAAGAAGAAGAAAAGGCCAAAGAAGAAGCAGGCCAUAAAAUUACAUAUGAGACACAACCCAUAAAUCACAGCGUCAUCCUGAAAGGGAAUGAAAACUUGCAACAGAUGAAUGCAGGCCCUUCAGCCUCUUUUCCUUCUUUAACCCCUUUGCUACACCUGUCUUCCCCACAUAAGCAAGAGUUGUGACAGCAGUAGAAAAGAUUUUUUUGGAAGCCCCACUGCCUCUGGACCAGGACAAAGGAGAAUCCUUGACCUUGUACCCUAUAUAGUAUUUGUUACUUAAGAUUUUUAAUAUUCCUAAAAAGUAUUGUUAUGGAGUCCCUGGGUGAUACAAAUGGUUAGGUGCUCAACUGCUAAUGGAAGAGUUGGCGAUUUAAGUCCACCCAGAGGCACCUUGGAAGAAAGCCCUGGUGAUCUACUUCCGAAAAAUCAGCCAUUGAAAACCCUGUGCAGCACAGUUCUACUCUGACACACACGGGGCCGUCAUGAGUUGGAAUCUACUCAGCAUCAACUGGUUUAAAGGUUUUGUUUAAAGCUCAGUUCCUAAGGACCAUGCCUCUUGCCAGCACCAUUCCUGGGACUAGUUAGUAUAAAGUGGGCGAUUGCCUAAGCCAGCUUCAUAUAAACUUCAAGAAAGGCAGGUGUAGCCCCUUAUUGUCUGUUUUUUAAAAUCCCUUUGUUUCUGUACUUCUCUUUCUUCUUUGUAUCUUUAAAACAUUUUGGUGCUUCAGACUUUCAUCUUUAUGCUACCUUUUUUGCCUCUGUCCUUGGUUUACAGUGUAGGAAACUCCUUGUCUGAUGUAAUUACUUUGUUAAGACCAAAAAGAAUAGUGCAAAACAAUACUUGGUUACA